AUGGGAUGUACUCAUACCAAAGUUGAUGAACCUUUAAGCGAGAAACUAAGAUACAAAGCUAUUGAAAUCUUCAGAAAACUAGACAUCAAAGGCAAUGGAACUAUAGACAAAUAAGGAACCGAAUAGUUCUGGUAUAUCCCUCAUUUAAACACUUAGGAAGUCUAACUUUGCUAAACUCAAUACUGAAGCAUUAUUUGAUGCUGUAGAUUUUGAUAAGAGUGGAGAUAUUACAGAAGAUGAAUGGAUGGCAUUUUGGGAAAUUGUUAAACAAAAUGGUUAUUCAGAAGAAGAAAUAAAUAUGGAAGUAUUUAUUAUAUAUUUUAUUUAAAGUUAGAUGAAUUAAUGGAGGGUAAGGCAUGGGUUUAAUUUAAAAGAGUAGAUAGAUUCAUUAAGAUUGAUGAGAAAAGAAGAGGAUCUCGAGUUAAAUCAAUUGUUUAAGAGGAAAAAAGAAAGCUUUCAAUUAUCUAAUCAGCUAGAUUACAUAAAAGUAAAACUAUGCAGAGUGAAGGAUAGGAAUUACUAUAAGAGUAAUAAGAAUAAUCUUGA